UUUGUUGUUAGAGACGUAGCUGAAAAGAUCAUGGGUAUCUUUCAGAGCUGUUUCGCCAAAAAGAACAAAGUGGGAGUGUUGAAGGAGGAAAAGGAGGUUUACGAGAAAGUACUGCGAACAAUGGUUACAAACGAAGUGACAGAAAAGAAAGGUGGUGUGGCAUUUGGUCUUACAUUCCUCUCGGAGGAUACACCAAAGAUGCCACCACCCAGAUUGCUCGAGGACAAAAAAGAGGAUUUUGAGAAAUGGAGAGAGUCUCAAGAGAAGGCACAGGCCGAAAAGCAGGACCGGGCCCAACAGAACAGAGAGGAAGCCCGAAUCCAGAAAGAAAUUGAAGCUGCUCACAGAGAAAUGGAGAGGCUUGAAAAAUAUGUUAACAUUUGCCCUGAAUAAAUUGAUCUUAA